UUAAAACCCUUGUUUCCCUGCCCACUUACGUCCUAAAACCCUAGCCAGCUCCAAUUCUCUCUAAACUGAACUUCCUUGCUUUCUCAGUCGCUGAAAAUGGAGUUUUGGGGUGUUGAGGUAAAAAGUGGAGAGCCUCUUUCUGUAAAGCCUGGAGAUGGCAUGAUCUUGCACCUUUCACAGGCUAAUGUUGGUGAGGUGAAGAAACUGCAUGGUUCUGAAUCUGUUUGCUUGUUUGUGAAUGUUGAUGGGAAGAAAUUAGUUCUUGGAACUCUUAUCUCAGAUAAGCUUCCCCAGCAACAAUUUGACUUAAUUUUUGAUAAAGACUUUGAAUUAUCACACAACUGGAAGAAUGGAAAUGUCUACUUUUAUGGAUUCAAGGCUCAAAAUCCAGUUGCUGAUGAUGAUGAUGAUCAAGAAUCUGAUUCUGAUGAGGAUAGUCCCCUCACCUUCAAAGCAGCAGAACCUGAGACUGUUGUUAAGCCAGAAAAACAAGCUGGUUCAGAGAAGUCUGAUGUUGCAAAGAGUUCUGCGCCGGAUAAGAAAGUGAAAAUUAAGGAGCCACAUAAAGAUGCGAAGGCUAAGGAAGAUGAAAGCAGUGAUGAGGAUAUGGGUUCUGAUGAUGAUGAUUUGUCUGAUGAAGAUAUGGAUUCCUCUGAUGGUGAGGAUGAAGAUGAGAGUGAUGAGACACCCAAAAAGGUUGAAUCUGGCAAGAAAAGGCUUGCUGAAUCUGCUAAGAAGACACCUGCUUCUGAUAAGAACAAGAAAGCAAAAAUGGAAACUCCUCAAAAAACUGGUGGCAAGAAAAGCAGCGUGCAUGUGGCUACUCCUUACCCUUCAAAACAGGCUAAGACUGCUGCUAACAAGCCAAAUCAGUCAACUCCAAAAUCAGCUGGCUCUCAUGCCUGCAAGUCUUGCAACAGGACUUUUGGUUCUGAAGGUGCUCUGGAUUCCCAUACAAAGGCUAAACAUAGUUCUGGGAAGUGAUGAGUAUACAGAGAGCUUGAAUGUCUCUGCAUUGCUUAUAGUCCUGGCUUACUCAUUAGCUUUUUGUGGUUCACCUAAUGUAAAGGCCACUCUUGUUAGUCUUUUAGCUGUAGCAUAUUGGUACUGGAGAGUUGUCAGGUGGGCUGUGCUUGGGUUAAACAGGAUCUAAAAUUAUACUCAUCUCUGCUUUAUUU